AUGGCCCUGACCGGACCUCUUCUGUGCAUAUUUGGGUUAAGCCUUCUAGCCCUAGGACAAGCUCAGAAUUGCAGUGACUGCAUUACUGCAACCCGGAGGGGCAAAACUGUGUCCCAAACAUUGGUAUACCAUACGAUUUAUGAGUGUAAUGGACAAAGAUUAGAUUCUUGUUAUCACAAUCAAACAGAAUAUGCCAGAUGCAAUGAGAAGGGAAAAAUCAUUUGUUAUGAUCCAAAGGAAGUUCCCUAUCUAUGGUGGGUAGAAAUAAGGGCAAAUGAUGGGAAAGGGAAAUUGUUAGGAAGAAGCCAAACGACCACCAACCGCAGUCAACCCCUUUGGGUAACUUUUGAUGCUUGCCAGGCUAUCGACAACGAUGGUGCUUCAACUUGUGGGAAUAUGGGAUGGAGACGUUAUUAUAGUAGACAAGAAAAAUAUAUUUGCCCAGAGGAUCCUGGCCAAUGCCGCCAGUAUCGAAAUUCACCUGUAUAUGUGGUAGAAGCACCUUGGGUGCCAAUCCAGGAAAGAGCCCAAUACUACUGUGGGGAGACAGGGUGGAAUUGUGUGUGUUGGGCCACCUGGAAGAAGGGACCAAAUUCAUGUGUAGGUCUGAGAGCAGGAGUAAAAAGGGGAAUACCAUCAGCAAAUUGCACUGCUGAAACCUGUAAUCCAGUGAAUCUAACAAUAUAUGACAUAGAAAAAUGGGAAAAAGCAAAGUACACAAGAUAUGGAGUCAGAAUUGCAGGAAAGGGGUCAGACCCAGGGGUGAUUCUUGAUGUAAAAGUACUACAAAAGAGCAGAGAAGGGAAAUCACAACACUUAGUAUUUCAUUCAUUUUAUCAUGAGAUAGAAUCAGGAGUUAAGUAUGAAAUUCCAACAGUUGCAAAAAAUCUGUUUGUGAAUUUGGCUGAGAAUAUUGCAAAAUCUUUGAAUGUAACCAAUUGUUAUGUCUGUGGAGGUACCAAUCAAGGAGAUCGAUGGCCCUGGGAAUCAAUGGAAGCAAACAUCUCUGAUCCCAACACCUGGAAAGUAGAGAGAGGUAACAGAAAGCAGCAGUGGGUCCUACAAACCAGUAUAAUUGGAAGGAGCUGCUGGCAGAGACUGGGUGAUGGUAAAUUCGUAGGGAAUUUGGAAUGUGAAGGAGGCUAUGAGUGGAAUGAAACUAAAAACACAUGGGAAAGAUGGGGCACUCCUCUGGAAAUGCCAUUCCAACUAAGAAACUGGACCAAUGGAAGUACAAUUGUAAAUGGGUGGCCAGCCCCAGGUGGAUAUUAUUGGAUAUGUGGGAAAGUAGCCUAUGCUCUCCUACCCAAAAAUUGGGUAGGAUCAUGUGUAUUAGGGACAAUUAGACCCAGCUUCUUCCUGUUACCUAUCUCCAAGGGAGAAAAGUUAGGCAUACAGCUAUACACUGAGACUGAUGAGCUAAGAAGGGCCAAGAGGGAUCUCCAAAUAGGAAAUUGGAAAGACAACGAGUGGCCUCCUGAAAGGAUCAUUGCCUAUUAUGACCCUGCAACAUGGGCAGAAGAUGGAUCUUGGGGCUAUCGAACCCCAAUAUAUAUGCUUAAUAGGAUAAUUAGACUGCAAGCAGUAGUUGAAAUAAUAGUAAACAAAACUGGAGAUGCUUUGAACCUAAUAGCAAAGCAGAAUACCCAAAUGAGAACUGCCAUAUAUCAAAAUAGAUUAGCAUUAGACUAUCUACUAGCUCAUGAAGGGGGUGUAUGUGGGAAAUUCAACCUAACCAACUGCUGCCUGGGAAUAGAUGAAGAAGGAAAUGCUGUUAACCAACUGGUAAAAGAGAUGAAGAAAAUUGCUCACGUCCCGGUACAAACCUGGAAUGGAGUAAACUUAGGGAACUGGUGGAAUAAUCUGGGGGUAAGCAAUUGGCUUACUAAAUUGGCUUUGGUGGGAGGGGGAGUGCUGAUUGUGAUACUAAUUGUACCUUGUCUCAUACCAUGUUUUAUAAGACUGAUCACGAUGGUUGUGCAAGGAAUGCAAGUGACUCUUGUACCCCACAACCCAGAAGAGAAAACCAAACCCCAACCUAUAAUGAUUGUUCAGGCGAUAAAAGAAAGGAGGAAAGAUGGAGAAUUAAACUCUCUAGAGCAAGUAAUUGCCCGAUUUGAAGCUAAAACACGAAUCAAUCUGAUCAAAAAGCAAAUGGGGGAUUGUGAUAAAUAUAUAGAAUCAUAUGUCUGAUCCGAUCAAUUCGUGGUAAAAGGUCACAGACAUGGAGGAAGGGGGUUUGAAUGGAAC